UGUCGGUGUCGUUUAACCCCGGGGGGUCGUCACCGUGGAGGGAGGAAGGCUGCGGAGACACACGACAUCACCAUCCAGGAGAGCAAAGUGGCCCUCAUGAUCCUGGUUCUUCUCCAUCAGUCCAUGUCGGGAAGCUCCCGGACUCCUACGGAGACAAAGCGACUGUGAUCCACGGGUCUGAUUCCUGGAUCGUUCCGUUGUGUUGGAGGAGCAUCACUGUACAUCCCGGGGAUUGAUCUGCUCUGGAGAACAACAACACACGACGUCGAAGGAAGCGGAGGAUAGUUGGCCGCACCAGAGAUCUGAAGACGGUCUGGAGGACGGAGACCUAGCUGCUAUCGCUGCUCCGGUUCAAGCAGCUGCUCCGUCAUGGGAGAAUGAAGGAGGCGGCCCGAUGGCAGCAGUGAGGUUGGGGUCCGGGCGUGGCGGGCAGCAUGCUUAGCGCCGCCCCCCCCUCCCAGAGGAGGAGGAGGAGGAGGAGGAGGAGCGGGGCGGGAUGGUCCGCCCUACGCUCAGCGCCCCCGCCGCGCCCCCCCCCGUCCAGACCGCCGUCCACGCCGCCCUCGUCGGACUGCUGAACCUGUCGGCCACGCCCCCCCCCGGCGCCAUGGAGGGGAACGCCACGGAGAGCUCCUCCCCCCGGCCCCCGGCCCCGCCCACGGCCUCGCCCCCAGCUCCGGGCGUGGGGCUGCCCCUCCAGGUAUUCUUCUGCCUGGCCCUGGUGGUGGUGCUGCUCAUGGCGUUGCUAGGCAACGUGGUGGUGUGCCUGAUGGUGUACCGGCGCUCCGCCAUGCGCUCGGCCAUCAACAUCCUGCUGGCCAGCCUGGCGCUGGCCGACGCCCUGCUGGCCGCGCUCAGCAUGCCGCUGGCGCUGGUCACCGUGGUGACCACGCGCUGGGUGUUCGGCGACACGUUCUGCCGCGUGUCGGCCAUGCUCUUCUGGCUGCUGGUGGUGGAGGGCUCGGCCAUCCUGCUCAUCAUCAGCGUGGACCGCUUCCUCAUCAUCGUGCAGAAGCAGGACCGGCUGAGUCCGCGGCGGGCCAAGGCGCUGGUGGUCGUGUCCUGGGCGCUGGCCUUCGCCCUGGCCUUCCCGCUGGCCGUGGGCCACCCGUCGCUGCCCGUGCCGUCGCGGGCGCCGCAGUGCGUGUUCGGCUACAGCCCCGAGGCGGCGUACCGCGGCUACGUGGUGACGCUGACGCUGGCCUUCUUCUUCGUGCCCUUCGCCGUCAUGCUGUACACCUUCCUGGGCAUCCUGAGCACGCUGCGGCACAACGCCGUCCGCGUCCACAGCCACACCGACAGCAUCUGCCUCAGCCAGGCCAGCAAGCUGGGCCUCAUGAGCCUGCAGCGCCCCUUCCAGAUGCACAUCGACAUGGGCUUCAAGACGCGCGCCUUCACCACCAUCCUCAUCCUGUUCUCGGUCUUCACCGUGUGCUGGGCGCCCUUCGCGGCCUACAGCCUGCUGGCCACCUUCAGCAGCGCCUUCUACCACAAGGACGGCUUCUUCCAGACCAGCGCCUGGCUGCUCUGGCUGUGCUACCUCCGGCCCGCCCUCAACCCGCUCAUCUACUACUGGCAGAUCAAGAAGUUCCGCGACGCCUGCCUGGACCUCAUGCCCAAGUACUUCAAGUUCCUCCCGCAGCUGCCGGGCCACACCAAGCGUCGCAUACAGCCCAGCGCCGUGUACGUCUGUGGGGAGCACCGCUCGGUGGUGUAGCGCCGCCAGGGGGCGCUGUCCCCCCCGUCCCCUGAUCUGGGGGGCCCCCCGGGGAAACCCACUACUUGGUGGGCCCCGCCUGAUAUGCAUAUUAUCAGGGUCGUGGAAGAUUGCAGACAUGUAAGCUGUUGUAGAUAUUUGAGGAUACACUUUUGAUAAGUGUGUGUGUGUGUGUGUGUGUGUGUGUGUGUGUGUGUGUGUGUGUGUGUGUGUGUGUGUGUGUGUGUGUGUCGACUACCUAAUGAUUCGUAGCCACAAGUAAACCAAUUUGAAUCAUUCCUGCCGUCACUGGGACGGUGAUAUGUCAGCCGUUGGGGUUGAGGUUCGGUGGGUAUCUGGGGGUGAAUGAUCUGCGCUUCAGAGGGCGUCAGGGGCCGAAGAGGCUGGGAGCCACUGAGGUGAGGAAGGCUUUCAGCUCCUCACCCAUCUGCCAAAUCUUGAAGCGGUGGUGCGUCGUUUUUCCAUGGCUUGUAUAAUAUCUGCUUACGUGCGUUUUAAACAUGUUCUAUAAAUGGCCACAUUACAAGAAUUAUACCUGAUUUAACUGUGGAUUUCUGUCGAUUGUGUUUUUUUUAUAUGUGCCUAUUGAUGAUUAGCCUACUUGCCGGUCAGACUGCUGCUAUAUCUAGUGAACAUGUGCAAUUACAGUGUACUGUACUUCAGUUGAAUGUAAUAAAAACAGGCAUUUCUUACCUUGUUACCACUGA